AUGAGUGCAUGGCGGGCGGCCGGCAACGCCCGGGACCGCACGAAUGAGUUCCAGCAGCUCGCCAAGCGCCUAGAGCAGACGUCCCAGGGUCAGGCUAGCGCGCAGAAUGAAGCAGCUGCGCCGCUGCUGCCGCCCAUGCCGAAGGGGAACCCGGCGGAGCGGUCCGAGUUCGCGCGCCGCGCCACCCGCAUCGGCAUGGGCAUUCACCAAGUUGCUGGGAAGCUGCAGAAGCUCAGCCAGCUCGCACGGCGCACUUCGAUGUUCGACGAUCCGACGGAGGAGAUCAACGAGCUCACGGUGGUCGUCAAGCAGGACAUUCAGACGCUGAACGGCGCCAUUGGCGACCUCCAGUCGCUUGCCACCAGCCUCAAGGAGGGGCACUCGAACAAGCAGAGCCAGGACCACUCCAGCACCGUCGUCGACUCGCUGAGGACAAGGUUGAAGGACGCGACGAUGCAGUUUAAGGACGUCCUGACGCAGCGCACGCACAGCCUCAAGGACCAGGAGGGGCGCCGGCAGAUCUUCUCCACACACAAGGCGCAGGGGUCGGGGGGCGAGCGCGCGCUGCCCAAGCUGACGGUGCCGGGCGCGGCCGGGGCCGGCGGCGUGCCGUCGUUCCUGCAGGGCGCGGUGCCAGACGUCGAGCAGGGCGGCAGCGCGGACCCCGCCAACAGCGCGGGCGGCUUGAGCGCGGCGGGGGGGCCGCUGAUGCAGCAGGCGAUGGUCCAGGGGAGCGACCAGUACCUGGACAGCCGCGCGGACGCCCUGCGUCAGGUGGAGAGCACGAUCACGGAGCUCGGCGGGAUCUUCCAGCAGUUGGCGCACAUGGUGGCGGAGCAGGGCGAGCUGGCGCUGCGGAUCGACGAGAACGUGGAGGACACGAUGGCGAACGUCGAGGGCGCGCAGGGGCAGCUGCUGAAGUACCUCAACCGCGUGUCGUCGAACCGGAUGCUCAUGCUGAAGAUCUUUGGCGUGCUGAUGCUGUUCGUGAUCUUCUUCAUCGUCUUCAUCGCGUAG